AUGGAGGAGCUACUGGAGCGCGAGAUCGAGGAUCUCAAGCACCAGCAGGCGCUCCUCGAGCAGGAGCUCGUGGUAAUCGAUGACAUGAGCAGCGGCGCGUGGCCCAGCAGCAGCAGCAGCAGCACUCUCGUGGACGUCGCCUCGCUCCAGUCGCUGGAUGAGAUGCGGCGCCGCCAUCAGCGCGAGGCAAACCGGGCACUGCAGCGAUACUUCGAGGUGGUGAGCGACUACCCGAAGUACCAGGCGAACCGCGAGCGGCAGCUCAGUGGUGCGCGGCCAUUCUCCUUCGAGGCGCGCGAGCUGCAACGCGGCCAGCGCAUCCGCACGCGCCGCAUAGAGGAGGAGCGGCGGCAGCGCGAG